UCUGAGCACUGUAUAUUUAAUUCUCACUUAUCUUUUGUCCUUUAGCUAUCGCUAUCUUCAGAGCUUUAGGAGAGCUAGUCUGUAGCUGGGUGCUCUUUGUCUGAAACAGGAGUCGGUGUUAAUGUGGGUGUUUGUAUGAUAAAUGCAAGAUAGACUUUUGAUCAGUUCUUGUUUCAGCUUCAGCUCAUGACUCCCCUUUGAGAGCAAUAACUUCAACAUGAGUUAUAGGACUGGGUGUAGCUUAUUUGCUUAUUGCUCUCUGCUUAGGCUCACCUGAGUUUGUGCAGUAAUGCUCUGAUCACUAUCACCCUGCAAUUAUCCCUUAUUGCUGCUUCACUGCACUGAGUGUCAGCAAAGCAAGAGAUGAGAGAGCAAUGGUGAUUGACCCAUUUCUGGGUCUGAAAAAGUGACUGGACAAGCCAGUGCACUUAAUACAUAAGUAUGUUCAUAUUCCAGCCAUUGUGAAUACAGUAACAGGGAAUAUUAGUUGCAGAUAUCUCCAUAGAGAUGGAACUGACCUCACUUCCUUAUUGCAUCCUCUAGACUUUUAUUGCUGUAUCACACUAUUGCCUCAUGGGUAUGGUUCCAGCUUGGAGCGCUGUGCAGCACAGCAGCUGGCAGCCUGCCAGUUGGGUUAAGUGUUAGGGGUUCGUUGCUUCACAGCUGUGGUGAGAGGAUGACUUUCAAGCAAAGACAGAGGGCUGAAGGGAAGGCGGUGCUAAUAACAGGCUGUGACAAAGGUUUUGGACAUGCCUUGGCAAAACACCUUCAUGCAAAGGGAUUUACUGUUUUCGCUGGAUGCUUGCUCAUGGAUGAGAAUGGAGAUGGAGCCAGGGAGCUGAAGAACAUGAAGUCAGACCGCAUGAAAGUGCUACAGAUGGAUGUGUGCAGUGAUCAGGAGGUGGCUCAGGCUGUGGAUUUUGUGAAGAGGACCCUGAAGAAGCCAGAGAAAGGUUUGUGGGGCCUGGUGAACAACGCUGGCGUCUCAACCUUCGGAGAGGUGGAAUUUGCAAGUUUAGACAACUACAAGAAGGUGGCAGAGGUCAACCUGUGGGGCACUGUGAGAGUGACAAAGGCUUUCCUGCCCCUCAUUCGAAGAGCUAAAGGCCGUGUGGUGAAUAUCACGAGCAUGUUGGGACGGAUGGUGAGUCCAUCUCGCUCCUGCUAUUGCGUGUCCAAGUUUGGGGUGGCAGCCUUCUCCGACUGCCUGAGGCAGGAGAUGUACCGCUGGGGUGUCAGAGUCAUCCUGGUGGAGCCCAGUAACUUCGUGGCAGCGACCGGCAUCCUGACGGCAGAGGGCAUCGACAAACAGGCCGAGGCUCUGUGGGCCGAGGCCAGCGACACCGUGCGGGAGGACUAUGGGGGGGAGUAUUUCACUCGCCACGUGGCCAUGAUGAAGUCCUUUGUUAACAGCGGCCUGAAGGACAUGUCUCUGGUUGUGAAUGACAUCACUGACGCGCUCACUUCCCCGUGCCCCAACAACCGCUACAAUCCCAUGGAGACCUACUGGUGGGUGAGGCUGCAGGUCAUGACCCACCUGCCCACGGCCAUUGCCGACUGGCUUUACAUCCCUGGAGCCACCCUGUAAAUGGCCGUCCUUCUGGCACCCUUCCAGGGCUCGUACUCACGCACAGGUUACUGCUCACCUCUGCACUCCUUGCUGAUGUGUCUCCCCUGUAGAUGCAGGAUUAUGGCUUCAAGUCAUGUCUUGUGGAAUGCUAGAACAGCAUAGCUUUUUUGUUUGUUUUUUUUUCCUAAUUCUUGUUUGUAUUCCCUACUGUCCUGAUUAAAGUCGAAAGGUAUUUUCCUUUUAACUAGGAGGCAGAGGAAGGUUAACAUAAUGGAUCAAAUAUGUGGCUAGUGGAAUUGGGUCAGCAGAAUUCCCCCAGCGAUAAAUUUGGCUCAUUAAUGGGUCUUGCUUUUCCUUACAAGGAUGACCUGCUAAUAGCAGAGCAAAGCUGUUGCUAUGAGAUGGCUCAAAGGGAAAACUAAAAUGGGAAACCAAAGCAAAGUUUUCCUUUUGAUUGAAAAUGGGUCAGUCACAGCCUUCCAUUGUUUUUAUGAUACUGCUAGGAAGCUCUGCUGCACUGUGACUGUCUGCUCUUUCCAGGGAAACAGCCACACUGCCUCUAAAUAGCCUUAUUACCUAGCUGCAAAGAAGGGCUCUUCCCUCCCUGCACUGUGGCCAGGAGACGCCAGAGCAAACAACUGGGGAUAGGCUGGGCUGGUAAAAGCGCUUCUAAUAAUGAGUGAGGUCUGAGCCAUCCCUCAGUCAGUCCCUGUGGGUGCUGGGAUUUGCAGCCUCUCUCCACCUGCUGCUGCAGAGCUUUGCGGAACAAGGUUUAAGCUGAUGUAGCAAACAAAUUUGGCUCCUCUGACUGCUACCUUAGGUGCCUAAACUACUCAGCUGUGGUACCGACACUCCUCCUGCUUCCCUCACGUCACUGUCCCAUCCAGACUCCCUCUUGCUGGUGAGGGAGCUGCUGUUGGCUUUCCCAAAUCAGUUUUUUUGGUUUAAUCCUCUGCGCCUGAACAGUGACAGGGCAGUGUGCAAGCAGCAUGACCUGACUAUGAGCUCUGGAAAGGUCCUUUAGGAGGCACAUUUCUUACCUUUAAUAUUGCACAGUGAAAUCUGCAUGUCACACAAUCAUCUUCUCUGAGAACCUCCUGAUAACUGUUAUGGGCUACUCUUGCCCAGUAUCUCCAAGGGUCUCUCCUGUUGGCCAUAUACAGGAUUUCAAUAAUUUUUCCAAGUGCUGGGGCUGCCUGGCUUCAUGCCCUAUUCCCUCUGUUCCAGUGGUAACCACUGGUGGAGCAGCCAGGAGGCUGCGGGUGCUGCUGGCCAAGCUGGUACCCCACCCUCUUACUCUAGGGACCAGCUUUUCCUUCCACUGUUUUGCCUUAUGUGAGAUUCAGUGGCUGUGAAAAGAGCUUAUUGAUUGUUCUUUUUUCAUCUGUCUCUGCUAGCUCUGACGUGGAAACUGUGCCUUAAACUUUUUGAUUGCCACUGGCUGUAAAUUCUUGGAGUCUGCAUGCAGCCAUGAAUGCUGUGAUGCCUUGAGGAGGAAAGCAGACUUCCCUUGGAGAUGCUGUCAAAGCAGCUUGUAUUACAAGUAACAACUCCUGAAAAUACUGCUGUGCAGUUCUUUUUUAUUCCAGAUCAUCAGCACAUGGAGAUUGCCUGGGAUUCAGGACCUAGAAGGAUCCCACUGAACUGCAGCUUAAACAGUGUUUUAAUCACUUCUUC